AAGGAAAGCAAAAAGAUGGAAGCAAACUGAACAGAAGCAAAAGCUAAAAGACGAAUAGGAGGAGUAGCAUAAGAAAAUCAUGUGCAGGCCAAUGCCAGGCACCGUACAUUUGUGAAUCUUAUUGGGGUAUACUGUUGGAAUUUGAUAAGAUAAUAGGGAUCUAAGUGCAAUUCUAGCCAGUAAUUUAGCUUCUUCGGCACAACCGACACCGGUUCUGUUCUACAAAAAGGGGUACAAAAUUGUGGCCAAGCUUUAUCAAUAUUGCUGGGCUAAAAUCUAAGCUCUUCUUGGAUUAUAUGAGGUUUGCAGUGUGGUGUGCUUUUGUUGCAAAAGUUGCCAGCUGCAGUCAACUAUGCCAGGAAAAGGUUUUCUGAAGGCACUGCCCAUAUUAGCCACAUCGGCUGCUGUGAUCCUUGGUGGAGCAUUUACUAUCUCUGCUGUUACCUCUUCACUUGUUCGAUAUGGUAUCUCAAAGAAAAAGGAAAAAUAUGGAAGGCCUUGUAGGGCAUGCAAAGGAAGGGGUUUUUAUCCCUGUAAGCUAUGCAAAGCAAGUGGUACCAUUCAGUGGUCACCAUUGUAUGAUCCUUUGGUUAUAAACCCAUGUCUUUGCCCCACUUGCGAUGGGUUAAAGGUGCAACAUUGUCUCAACUGUUUGGGAUCUGGCUUUGUAUAACAUAUGGGGCUAAAAGGUAUCAAUUUUUUUGUAUUGGUUUAUCAUAAUACUAAAUCCAUGAAGUGUGUAGAUUGUAGAACCUUUUUUUUUUUGUUUUGGUGUGUCAGGACCAACACUCAGGAUCUUUUGUUUCUUAUGUAGUAUUCAGUUAGUCAUUCAUUUGCCUCUGCUGGCUAUGCUGGAAUACGAAUAGAGUAUGUUUGCAGGUUCAAUUUUCAGGAAUUCAACUUUAGAGACUAUGAGACACUCUUGUUGUGCUUGACAUAAAAGGCUCGAUUGCCCAUUCAAAGAGGUUUAGCAGAAUGGUCUGCACUAAGAUAUCUAAUUGGUUGCUCAAGGACAUUAACAUAAUUGAGAGUGAUUAUUCAAGAAUACUAGUCACAGACAACAAAUUAUAGUUUGACCAUUGAGUCCUGUAUUAUAAUUCAGUUUUAUGGAAUUAUGAACGCAGCUGGUGCUUCUACAUGGUUGCCAAUUAUGGUGCUUAUAAAGUGGACAUAUGUAGAUUAAUGAUUAACAUCCUCUUGAUCUUAAUUUUGCUCUUUGGAGCAAAGGCGUGAUUUUCCUUCCAUUCACACAUGAAUUAGAGCUGACAAGUAAUGUCCGUGUUUGUUGUUUUAUGAAGUUUGCUGCAGAUAAAUUACUUAAAUGCUGAUGAACUUGGGAAUAGUGGCUUUGGUUCUCAUGUUAUGGACGUUAUUCGUGUCCACAUGGAGUUCUUUUCUUAUUGGCUUAUCAGAAAAUCCAGAGUAUCAAUUAAACAUGCAUCAUAAAAUGGUCAUUCUCAAGUGAAACACAAUGGUUAUUAUCAUCUUCUGUUUGUUGUAAGUGGACUAGGAUCAGCUCGCAGCUGAGGCAGAGGCACUUGGAAGUCAGUGAUGAAUUAUAGCAGUCUUCUGAUUUGUGCCACUUGUUGCUGUGUAACAGUUAUUUGGGUGAAACAACAAUAUCAAGCCAUUCACAAAGUGAUGAAUUGUACAGUGCAAGCAUUGUAGUAAAAGGGUUUUUGAUGAAGCCUCGUGAAGAAGCUCAAGAAAGUCCCUUGUCAUCUACUUCUAGCCACAUACAGCUGCUACUAGGACUUCUGAUUUGCUGAAUCAUCGAGAUGUUUAAUUGACAGUACUUAAAAAAGUCCGCACCAACAAGAAAAAUGAAAGAAUAUGGAAGAGAAUUUGUUUCCAUUUCGAGGUUCAACUUGUCCACGCGUUAUUUUUUCUUUUUUCCUAUUAAGUUGUAGUAGCAAGCAACUGUUUGUACACGACAUUCUUAUAAAUCCAAAGCCUAUCUCAGUUAAAGUCUA